AUCAUAUGUUAUUACCAUAUUACUGAUCCACAAAAUAAAAAUCAAAAUAGAGCUUCUGUUGUAGUUAGUUAGUUGUAACCAGAGAGAACAAAUUAAUUAAUAGUAAGUUAUUAAGAUAUCAAAAUGGGUUGCAUUGGUCUUGUGAAUUUAACAAGCAUCAACCCAAAUCGGCUUAUCCUCACAAGAACAUCAAACAAGUUCUACGACUCAAGAAGAUCACCAUCCAUGGCUGGGAUUAGAGCCGAGUCUAUGGCUACUGAGAAAUUGGGCAUCACCAUUGAGAAGAAUCCACCUGAGUCCAAACUCACCCAACUCGGUGUUCGUAAUUGGCCCAAGUGGGGUUGUCCUCCAAGCAAGUUCCCAUGGACAUAUAGUUCAAAGGAGACUUGUUAUCUGCUAGAGGGGAAAGUGAAAGUGUAUCCUGAUGGAUCUGAAGAAGGUGUAGAGAUUGAAGCAGGUGACUUUGUUGUUUUCCCUAAAGGAAUGAGUUGCACUUGGGAUGUCUCUGUUGCUGUUGACAAACAUUACCAAUUCGAGUGAGAAUGGGUCUCAGUCUCUGCUCUGCAUAUUCGUGUGUUCAAAGCUGAGUAGAUAAUAAAAGUGGUAUUCACGUAAUAUCCAUGGAUCGAUAAUGUGGGUUUUGAAAGAAGAGAACAAGAAGUGGUUGAAGAAUGUAGCAUCCGAUUUGUGAUUGACCACUAAUCUCCAAAGUUAGUGGGAAAAGACAGAGAACAAAUUACGCAUUUAUCUUUAACCUCAUGGUGUUAGAGACACGUUCACGUCUUCGCGAUAUGAUAUUGCUUGCCUUAAGUUUGUUUUAAAUAAUAUUAUUUGCGAGAAGACGCCCUAAUUAAAGGAGAUAAAAAAGACACGUUGAUCGUAA